AUGCCGACCGAACGCGAUUUCCAGAUCCAGCCUCUGGUCCAAGAGUCGAUUUUGCACAAUUCUCGGACCCUUAUCAAUGUCCAGUCUCUGACGGCCUCGCUCUUCGGUGUCGGCGCGGGCAUCCUCGGCCUCGAGUCCUACAACGGCUUUCUCUUCUACAUUGUCUUUUCGCUUAUCACGACGGCCUUCUUCUUCGUUUUCCGCGUCAUGUCGGCAUCGCUGGAGCUGCGAAGGGCCGGCAAGCCUGUCAACACCCUCGACACGAGUGCAUUUUUCCGGGGCCCGUUCGAGUUCUGGACGGGCGGACUAGUGAAUGGACUGGCGGGUUAUAUCUUGACGUGGACGCUGUUUUUUGGCCUCGUCAGAGCAUAA